GGCAGAUUGGCCUCAAUCCACAAACAAAAUAACUUCAAAUGUGGCGAUUAGCAGUGAUAAUGUAUGGAGAGCUUAUCUCGACAAUAUCCCUCCACUAUCUCGUCGGCAAAACAGUGCGGAACCCACUUUCUGCUUGGUGAUAUGGAGUCAAUGGCCACCCCCGCCCUCGGGAGUGGUGCCGGCAAUUUCAAUGAAAUGCGUAUAAGAAGAGAGGCUGAAUGCUCACAACUUUUAUACUUUACCAUAAUCAUAUUCGUGACAUCAAUAUACACAGAUUGUUAAACUAUCCAAGAAUUUCCCGUCAGAUUUCUAAUAAUAAAACAAUCAUGGGUGGCGAUUCUAGUGCUUUGGCGGGCGAUAUCAAAGUUGAAGUCGACGCAGCAAUCGAUAGUUUGAACCAGAGACUGCGGGAAGUUAACAGAAAGAUUUGGGAGAACCCUGAGCUUGGUGAGCAAGAGUUCAUGGCCCACGACACCUUGUGUUCCUUCUUAGAAGAACAAGGCUAUGCAGUUACGCGCUCGGCCUAUGGCAGACCCACCGCGUUUGAGGUCCUCUCCGGGUCGGGAGGUCGUCUCGUCAACUUCAAUGCCGAGUAUGACUGCCUCCCAGGAAUUGGUCAUGCAUGCGGCCACAAUCUUAUCGCCACUAGCUCUGUGGCAGCUUUCUUAGGCCUAUCCAUGUCGCUGAAGAAGCUGGGUGUUCCGGGUAGAGUACAGCUGCUUGGAACCCCUGACGAGGAGGGCUCAGGUGCGAAGAUUAAACUGCUGGAGGCAGGAGCUUACAAAGGUGUUGAUGCCUCGAUGAUGGCUCAUCCCAUCUCAGGAGAAAUGAGUGGCAGUGGAGACGCAGUUAAUGAUGGCGUGGCUGGCGUCCGCAUGAUUGCCCGCCAAUUCCUCAGUGCUGAAUACCGUGGGAAGAAUGCCCACGCUGGCGGCAACCCGUGGAAGGGAGUUAACGCCCUUGACUCUGCAGUUGCCGCAUAUAAUAAUAUCUCGCUCCUCCGCCAGCAGACGGCGCCAGAUGAUCGUAUCCACAAUGUCCUACUCGAGUCUGAGAAGACGGUGAAUGUCAUCCCAGCUUAUGCCAAAGCAGCGUACCAGGCGCGAAGCCCGCGUUUGGCGAGUCUAAAGGUGUUAACGGCAAGGGUGGUUAAUUGCAUCAAUGCUGCUGCAUUAGCAACCGGCACUGAUGUCAAGAUUACAUACGGGGCUUUGUACGCCGAUGUCGUCUUGAACGAAACCAUUUGUGGUCUGUACACCGACCACACUGCAAGAUAUGGGCAACAGGUCACGAAGAUCUCGCCAAUCAUCGUGACAGGCUCGACAGAUCAAGGCAAUGUUAGUCAAGCUAUGCCCUCGCUCCAUACUAUGUUCUGCAUUCCCUCGGAAGAUGGUGUUGGCCCACACAACGCUGGUUUCGCCAAGGCUGCGGGGACUGAUGUCGCUCAUGAUAAGGCGAUCAUAGUUGGGAAAACUAUGGCGCUGGUUGGGUUUGAUAUCCUUACGAAAGAUGAUGUCUACAAAAACGUGAAAGCCGAUUGGGAGAAGGCAAUGGCUGCUUAAUGCCUGCCGCCACGUUGUCCAGCUACCAUAUUCGGUAUUUAUAUUCCUCAUAAGCUGUUAUUAUUUUAGCCUUUUGUACAGAAUACGGAUGUCCUGCGCCGCGACUAGUAUAGACUCAAAUUUGAAUAAAUAGGUAC